UCAAAAUUGACAGCUGUCUCUGAGCAAAAAGAGACCACCACUUUUGCGAAGAAUUUUAGUGGAUUUAUUUAUUUUAGAAUCAUAAAAUGGUAAAAGAAAAUGAACCCGAUGAUAACCUAUUUAGAGCGUUUGCAAGCGCUGUUUAUAACACCAUUGAUUCGCCUGUAACAUGGUUCCGAGAGAGGAUAGUGGAGCCGAACCAGAAGAAAUAUCCCUGGUAUCACAAGCAGUACCGCCGUGUGCCAACAAUCGACCAGUGCUACACCGACGAUGUCGUAUGUGACUUCGAGGCCAAUGCUCAGUUCAAACGUGAUAGAGCUGUUGAUUCUGAAAUUCUUGGCAUUAUACGUCAGCGCUUUGAAGAUUGUAUGUUGUAUGAGACCCCCGACCAGAACACAGUUUGCAAACCUCUGUGGGAAAAAUACAAGGAUGCCGAAGAAGCUUGGUUUAUUAAAUACGGUGACCUAGGAGCCUAUGGUGAUGCGCGUAAGGCAUACAUGAAGCAGAAACACCGCAUGAUCUGGGAGAGACGCCACAGCCCACUGUCCGACCAAACGAAGUGAAGUAUCUAAAUUGAAUACAGCUGAUGUAACUUGUUCAAUACCUAACACAUAAGUAGAUGUUGUCAUUUACCAUAAAAUAAAUACAGUUUAGAGA